AUGACCGGUCGGAUGACGAACCGUGUACCGGAUUGGAUUGGUGGAAGGGAUGACCCAUGGCCAUGGCAUAUAUACCCAGUCAAUCGUCGUGUUGGUCAGGGCGCGCCCAUCAAACACGCACUUGAAUUAAUAGCAAAUGCAAGCAAACUACCCGCGGACGGUUCAAAACCAGAUUCCGAGCGAAACCCCAAUCCCCUUGGCGGCGAGCUGACCGGCGAUGCGUCCGCCGGCGCCGAAGGUCCCCUCUGCCGCUUCCUCGUCCUCCUACAGCCAGCGCGAGCCCCGCCCGGAGAACCCUCUCCUUCUCCUCCCCUCCUCUCGCGUCACCAAGCUCUCCCUCGGCUGUCCCCUCCUCGACCGACUCCUCUCCGGCGACUCCCCGCCGCCUCCGUUACCGAGAUAGCCGGCGAGUCCGCCACUGGCAAGACCCAGCUCUGCCUCCAGCUCGCCCUCCUCGCGCCCCAGUCCCCGCUCUCCGCCUCCUCCCUCUUCCUCCACUCCGACCUCCCAUUCCCCCUCCACCGCCUCCGCCGCCUCGCCCCCAAAAUCCUCGACCACGUCCUCGUCGCCGCCGCGCACUCCCCCACCGACCUCCUCUCCCUCCUCGCCCGCGCCCAGCGCCUGCUCGCCAACCCCGGCCGCUCCCCGCACCGCCUCCCCAUCCGCCUCAUCCUCCUCGACUCCAUCGCCUCCCUCUUCCGCGCCGACUUCGACGCCUCCCCCGCCGACCUCAGGCGCCGCUCCGCGCUCUUCUUCCAGAUCUCGGCGAAGCUCAAGGAGCUGGCGUACAGGCACCAGUGCGUGGUGGUGGUGACCAACCAGGUGGUGGACGUGGUGGAGCGGGACGCCGGGAACACCGUGGCAUGGUCGUCGGGGCGCAGUGUGAGCCCGGCGCUCGGGAUCACCUGGGCUAAUUGCGUCAAUACGCGCCUGUUCCUGACGCGGGAGGUGGACGGGGAUGGCGCCAGCGGGAGCGCAAGGAGGCGGAUGAAAGUGGCGUUCGCGCCGCACCUUCCGGAGCGGUCGUGCGAGUUUGUGAUACGGAGGGACGGCAUCUUUGGCGUCGAGCCGGCGGAGAGGUAG